UCUGUUAAUAGAAAUUUGCGUAGUAACGGAACGUGAUUGUAACCGACCAAUCAGAAGCGUUGCCCCUUCCGCUCGACAGCAGCGCCGCUAGCGACCUAAACAAAAACUAAAGCGAAAUAACUCCAUCUUGUCUGACAGAUUUGUGUGUUUAUUGUGAAUAUUUCGUAUAUCUUUAGCAAAUGUACCUAUUUACUAAUAAUUACUAUUAUAUUAAAUGCGUAAACUAUCUGGAAUUUCGUUAUACAUUAAAUAAAACAAACAUUUAACGGGAGUGUCGUAAUUCGGAGUGAAUCUAGCAGUGACGAAGUGUCCAUCUCAUUGACUGGUAUAUAGUUACUUAUUUUUGUGAUAAGCGGAGCGCGCGGGGCUUGCGGACGGCUUUUGUCAACAAGAGGCGUGCCUGAGCGGUCGCGUGACGCACGUGGUGCGCGACAGCGGCGCCGGCGCCGCGCCCCCGCGAUGGCGCCGUGACUCGGCCCGCACGCGCGCCGAUGCCAUGCUCGACCGCGUCCGCCACGCGCCCACACCACACAACUACGUGCUGCUCUCUGUUGAGAAGGCUAUAGCUCUAUUGGAUAAACUGUAUGACACGUUCUUCGCGGCCCCACGUAAAUCGAAUGUCAGGCUCUUCACAAAACAUUAUAUCAAGAUUGAAUUUUUGGACAAACAGUGCAGGCCUCUGUAUAAGGAGUUUGAUGCGUGGCCUGAGAUCUCAUUAGAACCUAACCCGGAGAGGAAAGAGAAGAAGGAACCACCUGUAAACCAAGGAGUCACAGUCAAUAACAACUACCAAAAUACAAUUGAACAGAAUCGCGAAAUGACACGGAAGAACAAUCGUCCGCGAAUAAAAGAGAAAGAAGACAAGGAGCCCUUGGGCGGGUACUGCGAGGCGUGCGGCGCCAUGUUCGCGGACCUGGCGGCGCACGCGCGCUCGCCGCGCCACGCCGCCUUCGCGCGCGACACCGGCAACUUCCUCGCGCUCGACUCCCUCAUCGGCGCCUCCUUCCUGCCCGUCAACGGCGAGCGCCGCUCCCUGCGCAACGUGUGCAACGGCGAGCUCGACCCCCGGCGAGUCAACGGCGCCCUGGACGACGAGCCCCGCCGCACGCGCUGCAGGAAAACCGACAGCCAGGAGGACCGCCAGUAUUACAAAGUCGUCGGGGUCAGCACGAAGCUCCGGUCCAGCGGGGGCUUCGUAGCCAAACGGAAGGAUUCCUCCCCGACGUGCAACGGGGCGAAACCGCUCGUGGUCAAAUUCAGAAAAGUGAGACGCUCCGAGUUGUCGGUGCUCAGUGAUGAGGCGGAGCAAUUCAUGUUUCCGAAACGCGCCAGUUCGACCAGCUCGACUUCUUCGGAUGACGACGAUGAUGAUGAAGACGAUAAAAAGGAGUCUCCUCGGCGAAAGACGCCGCCCCAGCCCGCGCCGGCGCUAGAACGGCGACGGCAGGCGCGCCCGACCGCAUUAAAAGAGGAAUCAUCCGAGGAAGACAGCUGGCUAGAUGACAAGCGGCGGCGGAAGCGGCGAGUUGUUCCCGUCGUGAGGAGAACGCGUCGAGCGCCCUGUAAACCUCCCACGCCUGAGCCCGAACCGCCGCCCGAAAUAGAAUUACCAGUAGAAAAGGAACCUGUCCCAGACCCUGAGCCCGAAGUGAGUCCGCUUCGAGAGGAGCCGGUCGAGAAAUGUAUGAAGUGGGAGGAUGGCCGACUCAAGUAUACUCCGGCGGUGGAACAGUUGGAGUUCGCGUUCGAGAGCGUGCCGCGGAGUGAGCCGUGGUUCGAGACCUUCACGCGGCAGGACCACGACCAGGUCUCGGUCAAAAACGUGCCACGGUGUUUUGCAUUAUACUCCAAGUCGCCAAAGUUACCGUACGAGAUCGGUCAGCUGCCGCCGCUGAAGCCGGACUGCUGCGCGCUCAGCAACCUGCCGCGGCCGGCCGCCACUGCGCGCGAGCCGCGCUCCGAGCGCUACGGCACGCGCGGCCUCAAGUCCCGCAAGCUGCACAAACGCAUCGCCGCCAUCGCCGCGCAGGACUCCCGGCCGAGGAAGUCCCCCCGCGAGCACGCCUCCACGCUCGCCAUGCUCGGCUCGGCCGGCCUGCACCGCCGCGGGCCCGACGACGCCAAGUCCACCGCCUCCGAGGACACCGUCAGCGACGCGCUCAGCGCCAAGCCGGAGCCCUCCGAGGCGCAGGAGGCCGACGAGCGACUCCAGAAGUUCCUCUCGGAGGUGUUCGACGACGCCGCGGAGUUCGAGCUGGACGAGGUGGAGGGCGGCGCGCUGCCCGCCGCGGCGGCGCCGCCCGACGUGCUCGGGCUCGUGUCGGAGUGCGACGGCUGCGACAUCAUCCGCAACGAGAUCGCGGAGGUCGCCGAGCGGCGCCGCGCGCGCCGCCGCGGCCGCUUCAAAAAGAAGAACAAGACCGGCUGGCCCAACAAGAGGAAGUCCAAGAAGGGCUCGCGCACCAACAGCUCCGAGAAAACCGAGAGCAGCCUCGACCGGUCCUCAGUCGCGUCCGGGGACACGGCCGACGACACCUGCGACGAGGACAACCUGUCCGAGAUCGAGGGGACGAGCCCGCCGAAGGUCAGGUCGGAGGACGAGCGGGAGCCGACGGACGUCGACCGGGACGGCAAGUCCGACGACAAGCCGCUGCGGCUCGACGUGAAAGUGCUCCUGGAGGACGAGAAAAAAGCGGAGAAAGUGGCCAAAAGAGGGUCGGCGCGCUCGUCCGCGUCGGAGGAGGCGGAGGAGCGAGGGAGAAAGAAGAAACGCGCGCUGAGCAACCUGGCCAGCUGGCUGCAGCCCGUCGUGCGCGUGGCGCGCGUGGACGCGGCGGCGCGGCGCCUGCGCUCCGCCGCCAAGCCGCGCCAAGCCCGCCUGCGGUAGCCCCGCCCCGGCUCACUCUACCUGAUGUACCGUGUCGGUGCGCCCCGACUAUACUACUGACUUCGACGAUUCCAGUGGAAUCUAAAUUUAUUUUUACUGAAGAAUAUGAAUGUGACAAAUGUGCCGAUUGAAAGUGACAAUUUUCACGGGACGAACUGAGGUGUCCCCGGUUUUUGAGAUGAGUUACCUAGCAUAAUUAACUUUCGUAAUGUUAUCUUCCUGCAUAUUAUUCGUUUGCUCCUUUAGUCCAUAGUUUUUGAGUUUAUUUGCUAUUAGUUUUUCACUAUUUUGUUGUUUUUUGUUUGGUCAACAAAUCGACCUUUUAUGUUCUUUGCGUAUGGAGGAGGAUGAUAUUAUAUAAAGUGUGACAAACGUAGCGUUUCGCCAUAGUCGUCAAUUUCGUUGUUUUCGUCUCGUCCGCGCUGUGGAGUCGAGACUUUCUCAAAAACAUGCCGUUGAAAGAUAUAGUGCAUAAGUUUAUCAAAACUAUGUUUUUGAGGCUGGACAUAGGGUAUAGCUGUAAUGAGUAUUGUAAAUAGACUGUAAUUUAACCGAGUGUCCGUGUGUGUAUCUGAGAGAGCUUAGUCUGUAUAUAACUGUUGCGCGAAUGCGAACUGUUUCUUUUCCUUUUUAUUUAUAAACAAAUGAAAGUUAUCUCGUGUAAUUUCGUCAUUAAAAGUUGUAUAAAAUAUUAUGAUUCUCAA